AUGCGACUCGAUCUCCAAGCUCCACUGGGACUGGGCUCCCUGUGUGCCUCCGUUCUAUCCCUGUUCAACAAAGGUGAUCAAGGUCACCAACAGGGAACCGUCAGACAUCUCCCUGUGCUCCCUCCUUCGUAUCCGCUGGCGGUGCGUAACCCUUAUCUGUCGGCAUGGAUGCCGAGUGAUCGCGUGCAACAAAUGCCCUAUUCGGAACCACAAUUCUGGGCAGGUCAGGAACUCGGCUGGUCCGUGAUUGUGCGUGUCGAUGGCCAGGCAUAUAGCGUCAUGGGCGUUCCCGACCUCGACGAGGAUGAAAUACUACCUGCCACAGUGCGUCGUGCCGAGUUCACCUCAACUCACUCUAUUUUCGAUCUCACGGCGGGCUCCGUGAGACUGACCCUCGACUUUUUCUCUCCCGUCACCCCCUCGAACUAUUUGCGACAGUCCCUUCCUUUCAGUUACCUGACGGUCAAGGUCUCCGGGUCUUAUUUCGGUAAUAAUAUCCAAGUCUAUUCGGAUAUCGAUGGGAGAUGGACUGGACGCGAGGAUCGCUCCGUCCUGGAUUAUGAAGAGCAUGACGACGGUCUUCUCAUUCAUUCGCUCUCGGUGGAAGAUGCAGCCAAGUAUGCCGAGGCUAGUGAUAUGGCGCUCUGGGGUAAAGCUAUUCUCGCUUCGCGCCCAUCUGAAUCUAGCAGCCUCUCCUCUCUGACUGGAGAUCCCAAGUCUGUCCGAGCUCAAUUCGCACGGGAGGGCGAUCUUUCCGGGCAAGAAUUUGCUUGGUCCUAUGGAAGUGUCGCCGCCUUGGCCCAUGAUUUAGGGACCGUCUACGGCCAGGAAUCCGUCAAUUUUGUUGUAGGCUACGAACGAGAAGCAGCUAUCAACUAUCUUGGAGAAGAAUACACCGGGUAUUACCGCGCAGAAUAUCCUACUACGCAUCAAGCUCUCUCGUUCUUCCUGGAUGAUUACGGAGACGCACUCAGAGAGUCAUUGGAGCUGGACGAAGAAUUGACAGCUUUUGCAACUGCUGCAGCCGGUCCCAAAUACGCUGAUAUCGUUGCUCUAUCCACCCGCCAGGCGUAUGGUGGGACAGAUUUGACAAUUCCAGGUGACUCCCUUGACACUGACGGUGUUUUGGCAUUCAUCAAGGAGCUUUCCAGCGACGGGAACGUCAAUACCAUCGAUGUGAUCAUGCCCGCAUUCCCUAUCUACUGGGUCUUGGAUCCUGAUUGGAUUCGCCUGAUGCUGGAACCUGUGAUGCGAUACCUCGACGCCGGCCGUUGGCAUCUUCCAUAUACCAUUCAUGACCUCGGCUCCCACUACCCGCAUGCCAUCGGCCAUGACGAUCAAAAAGCCGAGCCAAUGCCGAUAGAGGAAUCUGGCAAUUUACUGAUUCUUGCUCUUGCAUAUUCCCGCGCUACUGGAGAUUCCGAAUGGACAGAUCAGUAUAUGGAAAUCUUCCAGAAAUACGCCGACUACUUGGUCGACAACAGUAUCGACAUCGCAACCCAGCUUUCCUCCAAUGAUGCCGCCGGCCCUCUCGCCAACGAGACAAACCUUGCGAUCAAGGCAGCGGUUGGUAUCAAAGCAUUUGGUGAACUCAGUGGUAUCGACCGAUACUCGCGCAUCGGCGAGGAACACGCAAAUAUCUUCUUUGAGGGGGGACUUGGCACAGAUGAAGAGAAAAAGCAUUUCACACUGCAAUAUCCCGAUCAACCCGAGUCAUGGAAGACCCCAUACAACCUAUUCCCGGACGUCCUGCUUGGACUAAACACUUUCUCCGCCGAUGCCCUUCGGGCGAACAGCAAGUUCUACGCUUCCGUUCGAGGCGAGUACGGGGUUCCCCUAGAUAACCGACAGGACUGGGCCAAGUCAGAUUGGAACAUGUGGCUUGCUGCCACGUUCGAGAAGAACACGCGGGACGAGUUAGUCGAUGACCUGUGGGCUUUCAUGACGAACGGGAAACAUAACUGGCCAUUCUCCGAUCGUUAUGUUUCUACGUCCUCCCAUGGAAAUGAGCCAGGGAUCCCGAUUUUAUGUCGCGCACGUCCGACGGUUGGCGGGCAUUUUGCGCUCUUGGCUUUGAAGGGCCCGGCAUCCGUUCAGUCUUUGUCUGCUGAUAAGUCUACCCACGUGAAGCAUAGGAAGGGGGACAAGUCCCGCUUCGUACCUCAUGGGCCUGAGCUUUGA